GAAGUUUCCUACACUCGCUGUUGAACCCCAUUUAGCGCCACCGCUCGUCGCAUCGUGCAUACUGCUUGCUGCCGGGCCAUAGUACACAUACUCUCGUCACUUUGACAUCGCAUCAUCGAACAGCUCCCAUGUUUGGAAAAGCAGCACUUCUUGUCCUCGUGGCGGCGGCAGGUAUCCAGGCCGACUUUAUGGUUUACACCGAGCCUCCAAUCCCCACCUCCGCGAUACCCUCAUUUCCAAACCCAGCAGACGCUGCCAGUUGGACCACUUCCGUCUUCCUCAACGCACGACUCGCUUACGCGUCUUUCACAAGGUCCCUUGGCGAGCCCUAUCAAUCCUCCCUCACGUCUGCGCGAUCGGAAAUCGACGCCUUCGUCGCAACUGCCUCCAACUAUAGCAUCCCUCCUGCAGUCACCAUGGCCGACGAGACACCAACAUUCUUUUCCAAGCCGGACUGGUACACUGCGCUGCCGAGUCGCGCGAGGGCCUUCAAGGAGCAGCAAGUUAGCGACCAGUUCAGUAUCGUACGCAAUGUCAUUGCGGCGCGGGUUACACCGGCAAGCUCAACGGGCGCGGCGAUGCCGACAGCAGUUCCGGGACAUUGGUUUGGCGCCGAGUUCGGCGUCAUGGCUGCGGCGGCCGCGGCAGCAUUCUUGUGAACUGGAAUGGCUGGAAGGGCAAUAUGUCAUGAUUCAAAAAUGAUAAACGAGAUAAACGGGCGUUACGGAUAAUUUUGGGUAUGGAACGCAUGUGAAGUCAUGUUAUAAAUCGACUACUCUGGUCAGUAGAGGGUGAUGUAAUCAUCAUGCGCAAGUGAAAUCAAUUCAGUUUGAACAAUCAACCCACACUAUCUGCGGUUGGCUUUUA